UGUCAAUAUAUUCGUCUUACAUUUUGAUAGGAUAUGUUACUAAUUGUUCACUUAACAUUUUAACAAAUAUAUUUUUAUUAUUACGAACGGAAACGGAACGUUUUAUAGUCAGACUUAAAUUAAACCGGAAAAUAAUGUUUGGCUCGUUAUCAAGGUGGAACUCUGCAUGUAUAGCCUUUGUGUUGAUAGCAGUUGUAUAUCAGUGUUGGAAUUACAUGCACUUUAUAUAUAUGGAUGCUGGUGUGUCGGUGCGUGGACAAGUUGACAGUUACGAAGCAAGCAUCAACGAAUCUCCGUCCAGAUUCGACGAGAAACCAAACUCUCUGAAGUAUGUUUCAACAUACACUAGCAUCUCAAAUAACCAAUCGACUCAUCUCUUGAAGGCAAACGAAAAAUUGCACUCCUUACGAAUACCAAUUGACAUAAUGAAAUUGGGCCCAUUUCCAUUUUUACCCAACUACAAGAACCCAUGCUGGCGAACAUCGUCCGGAGUGCUUCGGUGUUUGCCGUAUUUCCACCUAAUCGGAUGUGUAAAAUGCGGUUCCUCUGACCUUUUUUACCGGAUUACUCGGCAUCCUGAAGUUUCGGAUCUUAUUCAAAAAAAGGAACCGAAGUGGAUUGGCGGCGGAGCUCAUCACGCUCAUUGCUGUUCAUUCAAUGAUUACUUGGACAUGUACAAAUCAGCAGUAGAUAAAGACAUUGCUAAGAAUGAUUCAUCCGGCUUUCACCGUUGUGUGUUGGGAGAUGGUUCGCCAGGGACACUCGUCAAUAACGUACAAUGGGAAGUAAUAAAGCACCCAGAGGAAGCGAAGGCUUUAAAUCGGAGCGAACCUGUCUUCGCCAACGCUGAUUUAAUCCACCAUCUUAAUCCUGGAGCAAAGAUUAUACUCAUGCUAAGAAAUCCCAUCGACAGGUCAUGGUCUGCGUAUCAGUAUUUUGGUCUAACCAGUCAGAAAAGCCAGGAAGACUUUCACAGACUAACAGUGAGAUCGAUAUCCGAUUUCCAGCAAUGUCUCUCUCAAAACGAGCUCCGCCAUUGUGUCUACCAUAGCCAUAACGUAAGGGACAGAUACAAGGGUAUACCGAAUGUAUGGCCUAACAUAUAUCACGUACACUUGCAAGAAUAUUUCCGGGUAUUUCCAAGAAAGCAGAUACUCGUUCUUAAUAUAGAAAGUUAUUCGAAAGAUAUCAGAGCAGCCAUGGAAAAGGUGUAUGCUUUCUUAGAACUCGGAAAGCUACCAGAGGCUAUGUGGGAGACAGUGUCCACCACUACAAAAAGGAACGAGCUUUCUAGCAGCAGACGUAUUGGCAAUAUGUGGAACAAAACACGAGAACUGUUACAAGAUUUCUAUGCACCAUAUAACAAGGAGCUAGUAAGACUUUUAGGCAGCGAGUUUGAUUUUAACAAAUGAUUAUAAUAAUAAUAUGUUCGAGUGAUAAGGUUCAUGUUAUUUCCAUGUUGUUUCACAUUUAUGAGGAAUUUUCUAUGUUUAAAACGCAAUUGCAAAGACAUUUAGGCAGCGGGUUUGAUUUUAACAAAUCAUUAUAAUGUUUAUAUUUUCGACGGAUAAUGUUAAUGUUAUUUCCAUGUUGUUUCACAUUUAAAAUGUCGUUUCUGUGUUGAUAGUGGAAUUGUAGAGUAGAAUUACUUAAAACAUGAAGUAAACUUCUGUUUUUGACACGAAAACAUAUGCCACCCCUGAUUAAAUGGGUGUUGCUCAGAUAAAUAUUAAAACCCUUCUACUUAUA